UUCAUUGUCCAAUUGUAAAACUAAGCCCUUGAAACCUCCAUCAUAAAUUUAUCAUAUCACAUAAAACCCUAACCCUACAUUACUCUUUCAUUUCGCUCAUUCUUUCGCCGCUCAAUAUCCUCCCAAUUCCCCUUUCUGAUCCGAGUGGAAGACAUUCAAGGAGAUAGAAAAUGAGUCGAGGAGCUGCAGCAGGAGGUGCUAAGGGCAAGAAGAAGGGAGCUUCCUUCACUAUUGACUGCGCUAAGCCAGUUGAGGACAAGAUUAUGGACAUUGCUUCUCUCGAAAAGUUUCUUCAGGAGAGGAUUAAGGUCGGGGGUAAAGCUGGUGCUCUCGGUGAUUCUGUUACCAUUACUCGUGAAAAGAACAAGAUUACUGUUAACUCUGACAGCAAUUUCUCUAAGAGAUACUUGAAGUACUUGACAAAGAAGUACCUAAAGAAGCACAACGUUCGUGACUGGCUUCGUGUUAUUGCUUCAAAUAAGGAUCGCAAUGUAUACGAGUUGAGGUAUUUCAACAUUGCUGAAAAUGAGGCCGAGGAAGAAGAUUAAGUUUUUAGAAAGAAGUUUUGUGUUAUGUUGGGUUUCUCUGUGUGAGACUUUAUCUUUUUUGUUGAAGUUAGAUUUUAUGUGGUCGACAUCUUGUUACUUUGGAAAUUUUGUCAAGAAUCCUUUUGAUUUAAAGUCUGGCUGUCUGCAAUACUAGUUUCCGGUAUCUAAAUUAUACUCUGAUAGCUCUUUGCUUGGUGUGUUUUCAACACUGAUGCAUAUUUUAUUUAAAUAUUGAACACUGAUUCUAAGUCUGAA